CCCACGCUCCCCCGACGGUUUCUCCCAUCCGAUUUUGUCUCCUCCCCGUUUCCACCUUCCCCACGGCUCUGCAGCUAAUUCAACCUCCCCCCCCCCAAAAAAGCCCAAAAAUCUCUCUCAACAGACAACAGACCCACUCUCUCAAACUCUCUACGAGUUUCCUCUUCGUUGGUGCUGCAAUUUCGUGGGUCCCCGGAUUUCGUCGCCACCCACUGCUUGAGCAACGCGGGGUUGCCGUUACUCUCCACUGUCGCAGCUUCGAGGGUCUGUCGCCGACGAGUCUAAUCGCUGAGCUUAACGCUGAGCAUCCCCACCUCUUCCCCUUCGUGCAUUACCGCUGGUCGAGCCGUCGACGAUCACCUCCUCACCACGCAGGGUAGUAAUCUUGUCCUAGGCAGCGUUGUUUACUCACGAAAGCAGUCGAUCACCCCUCCAAUAUUGUGAAAGGUAAAGCAGGAUCAUCAUGGUGGGAUUCAAAAACAGGUACCUGAUAAUGGAAGUUUUUUUGGACCCUAAUAGAGGUCUUGUUGGGGACGAUCCUAUUAUCAUAACCCAAUUCAAUGUCUCAAAAGCAAUCAAAGACAGCAUUCUUGUAAAUUUUGGAGAGUGUGGCCUUGCUUCAACGCUUGGAUCCUUCCAAGUAAAGUAUGUGAAUCCCAUCACAAAGUUAUGCAUCAUUAGAGCCUCGAGGGAGGAGUACCAAAAGGUUUGGUCUGCAAUUACCAUGGUUAGGAGCAUUGGAAAUUGCCCGGUACUAUUAAACUUAUUAGACCUAAGUGGGAGUAUAAAGGCUUGUAGAAGUGCAGCCUUGAAGUGUGAUGAACUAAAAUUUGAGCAGUACAAACUUGUCGUUGGGGCUCGUCUCUCAGCUGAUGCUAUGAAUCAGAUGCAAAACUAUCUCGAAAAGAUAAAAAUAUUGGAGCACUAAAGUACUGUAUCUGUGUGGACCUCCAGCAAAGUCAAGGUGAUAGCUUACUGCUGGCUUCCUCGGCUGUUGUUUACAAAAAGAGCAGGUAUUCAUUACACUUGCCUGAUUUACGAUCCUCCAGGUCAUUGGCAAGUCUUCUUUUUGGUAAAUUUUUUGCAAUCGAUGAAUCCCUUCAUCUUGUGAAGCAUCUUGAAGGGUUUGAGAGCUUUAUCAGACAAAGUUUAUAGGAUGUCCACUUUUUUAUCAAAUUUUUUUGUAAAAUUUAAAACCUACUUUUGUUGUCGAAAUUUUGUUGAUCUUUUCAUCUGGAGAGACAGGUUUUAUCAACUAAUUAAAUAGAUAGAAAUGAGUGGA